UGUUCCUUGGCUCCCACUUCCCUUGAUCCGCAACGCCAACUCACCAGCCAUGGCGCCUUCCGCGCCAUCUUCGUCGUCGCAGGCAUCUCAGCCUCCGCAGACUCAGGUACCUCCUCAACUGCACCGCACUCAUUCGUCUUCUUCCAAACGCCGCACGCUUGGAGACUGGGAUCUCCUGAAGACCAUCGGCGCGGGCUCGAUGGGCAAAGUCAAGCUCGCGCGCCAUCGUCUCUCCGGCGAGCUUGCUGCUGUCAAGAUUGUCCCGCGCUAUGUCCCAGAAGGUCAGCUGCAACGCCAUAAUCCAAAAUACCUGCCCAUCAUGCGCGCGGGGCCGGACGGUGUUUCAACCGAACAGCCAAAGCUCUCAUCCGACGAAAGCAAGGAAAUCCGCACCAUCCGCGAAGCCGCCAUUGCUUCCUUACUCGAUCAUCGCUAUAUUUGCAGUCUACGUGAAGUAAUGGCAAUGACUCAUCACUACUACAUGGUGUUUGAAAACGUUGCCGGCGGACAGAUGCUAGACUAUAUUAUCUCGCAUGGUCGUCUAAAGGAGAAGCAGGCGCGCAAGUUUGCUCGCCAGAUCGCCUCUGCCAUCGACUACUGCCAUCAUAACUCGGUCGUCCAUCGCGAUUUGAAGAUUGAAAAUAUUCUUAUUUCAAAGUCUGGAGACAUCAAGAUUAUCGAUUUUGGACUUUCGAAUCUUUACUCCCCUCGAUCGCUGCUCAAAACAUUUUGCGGAUCCCUUUAUUUCGCAGCUCCGGAGCUAUUGAACUCGAAGCAGUACAUCGGUCCAGAAGUUGACAUUUGGAGUUUUGGAAUUGUACUCUAUGUUCUGGCGUGCGGCAAGGUUCCGUUCGACGAUCAGAGUAUGCCAGCUCUUCAUGCAAAGAUCAAACGCGGUCACGUCGAGUAUCCAAAUUGGCUCUCGCCAGAAUGCAAGAACCUGCUGUCGCGCAUGCUCGUCGUCGAUCCUAAAGCUCGAGCAACGUUGGCCGAAAUCAUAAAUCACCCCUGGAUGCUGAAAGGAUACGACGGACCUCAAGACUCCUAUCUACCAAACAGACGCCCGCUCACGUUACCCCUUGACCGCGAAGUUAUCAAAGGGAUGCAUGGAUUUGAAUUCGGUUCUGACGCGCGCAUAGAAGCAGAGCUCACGGCCGUGCUGGAGUCUCCAGAGUAUCAGGCUGCUUGUCAAGCAUGGUAUCGCUCAGACGCAAAUAUAUCUGGGGGUUCUUCCGGGGGUGGACACUUCAACGCAUUCUUGAAUGGGUCACUCUUCGAUUCGUCUAGCGGCUCGCCAACUAGCGCACACACUCCAAGGAAAAAGUCAACCUUUAGCUUUGAGUUUUACAAAAAGCGUCAGUCCAAUACGUCGCCAUCGUCUUCGCAGGAAACAUUGAACGAACGGUUCCCGGAUCCAACGAAUGCUUACCACCCCUUGAUCUCAAUCUACUUCCUAGUCAGGGAGAAACAAGAAAGAACAAGGAGACGACCUACAUUAGAGACCGCAGGAUCUACUCGAUCUGUUCUAGCUCCUCUGGAGGCUCCUGUACCUACUGCUUCAAGUGAGUCUUCUGGAGCAGUACCACGAAUGGAACUGGCUCCUCCUCCUGAAAUAAGUAGCGGCGAAAAGCAACCUCGACUCGGGCGUCUCGAAAUCCCAGUCAUUCCGGUACCGGAGACCGCACACACGCAUAGUCAGCCAACAGCUAGGACCGCGUUUCCGGGACGAUCACGCAGCGUUAACCAUGGUCACAGUGGGUACAUACCCGAUAGGUCUCGGUCUAACGUGUCGACAUCUCCUACGAGCAACAAAGACAGCUAUCCAUCACCGGUACAGCCACAAUACUCUCCAGUAUUCAGUAGUUCUAGGCAGCAUCAUCCUACCGAUCUACCGACUAUUCCUUCAGAGUCUAAUAGUCCAGAUGAGUUUGGACAUCCCACCCAUUUGUCGCCCGGACACACUAGUCAUGAUCCUCACAGCGGUAUGAACGUGACAUCACCAACUAGUCCGUCGAAGCGUGAUGGAAUCUCUAUUGGUGGAAUCUUCCGCAGACUGUCCACUAGACGUCAACACCGGUCAAACAGCAUGAGUACCGGUGGUCACAGCGGUGGUACGAUUCCUCCCAUGAGUCCCAGCGCAGGAUCCGCAUCCUCAGACGAUGAGCGGCCACCUCCCUUGCCAACUAUGGAGUUCAACGCCACCUACGAAGAUCCGCCUACAGGAAUUCCAGUACCCGGAUCCCCUCAGCAAGAGAAACGUCAUCCGGGGGUGACUUUUGCGCCCGACCACGAGACCCGCUCGGGAUCGGGGUCCGGAAAACAAUCUGGAAAUGCGCCACAGUCUUUCAUCCGCUUUGAGCGCCUGUUUUCAAGAGCUUCCAAUCUCGGUAGAUCCACAUCGAUCUCUGAAGGCACCUACAAUAGACGAGGAAGUCGCGUGCUGAACUAAAACAAGACGGCCGUUUCGUCUCAUUCGUGAAAAACAUAAUUUUGUAUAUAUAUCUACAGCUAUAUCGUCUUUUCUUUUCCUCACUUGUAUUGUCGUGUUUAGAAAGACUUGACGGAUCUAUAAACUGUUCUUGGUUGUCAUAUUGCUUUUUUUUAGGUUAACAUUCAUGUUGGCGAGGAUUGUUGAAGUCUGAGAGACUUCUUUUUAAUUUCACUUCUCUAUUUUUCUGGAUUUGAGGCGAUUAGAUAGAUCUACUUAUCUCUGCAGUGGAUCUUUCGGAGAAUACUACACUAUAGGAUUUAUAUAAAUAUAGUUCCCU